AUGGACUCCACUUUCUCUCUUCGACGCUUGGCCGUCGCCUCGCUCCUUAGCCUGGCCCCUUCGGCCGUGUCUGCCCAGACAGACAAGUCGGCCGCUCUUCAGUCUUGCCUCACCACCGCGGACGUUCGCUCCAUCGUCAGCAGCGAUGCGACAUGGCCUGAUCAGACUCUCAUGUUCCAGAAGCGCCUGACUGCCGCCCCUGCCGCCAUCUCGUUCCCUGAGACCCGCGAUCAGGUUGCUUCUUCCCUCGCCUGUGCCCGGGAGUCCUCGGUCAAGGCCGUCGCCCUGGGGGCUGCUCACUCUUUCACCGGUUUUGGUUAUGGCAACGCUGGCAACCUCGUCAUCAACCUGGCUGCCUUUGACGAGGUCAGCUAUUCCAACUGCUCCGACACGCUCACCUUCGGUGGUGGCACGCACGUCGGCCCCGUUCUGAAGUAUCUCUGGGACAACCAUGGCCGUCACAUCCCCCACGUCCGUGGCGCUCACGUCGGCGUGCCCGGCUCUUCCAUCGGCGGAGGCUUCGGCAGCACCUCGCGCCACUACGGUACCCCCAUGGACAACAUUGUCGGCGUCGAGUACAUGCUGUACAACGGCACCGUCGUCAACGCCACCCACGGGUCUGACCUUCUCUGGGCCGCUCAGGGUGCCGGCGCUUCCUUCGGUGUCAUCCUCUCCAUGACCACCAAGACCUUCAAGCCCGAAUUCGCCGAUGCUACCAGCUUCACCAUCAACCUUGGCAACCUGGGCCUCAGCGACGCGACCAAGGCCCUCGUCAAGGUUCAGGACUACGCCCUUGCCGAGACCACCCCCGAUGAGCUCGCCAUCCGCUGGAACCUGGCCGCUGGCACCUCUGCCCAGGGCUACUUCUACGGCAACCCCGCCGCUUUUGACGCUGUCAUUGCGCCUCUCCUCAAGGAGCUCAGGGCCAUCAACGGCACUCUCGCCUACGCCAAGACUGUCCUCCCCUUCUGGGACAUGGAGGUGUCCGUCGCUGGCGCUGGCAUGAACUCCCCCACCGGUGGUGCCCUCGGCGGUCGCCACUUCUACACCCAGGCCGUCACCACGACCUACGACAACCCCCUGACCGUGCCGCAGAUCACUGCCCUGCUCAAAGUCACGGGCAACAACUUUGCCCGCACCGACAUGCGCCAGGGUGGCUUCCUCGACCUCUGGGGCGGCAUCUCGCGCGACAUCUCUGAUGCCGACACUGCCUACGCUCACGGCGGCAACCUCUGGCUCAUCCGCGUCGACGGCACCUCGCUCAACACCAGCACCCUCCUGCCCGCCGACGCCCUCACCUACAUGAAGGAUAUUCUCCUGCCCUUCGAGGACGCCCUCACCAAGGGCGGCGUGCCCCUGCGCGGCUUCGUCAACUACGCCGACUCUGAGCUCCCCGAGGCCGAGUGGAGCGCCCGCCUCUAUGGCGAGGAGAACUACAACCGCCUCAAGCAGAUCAAGAGGGCUGUUGACCCCGAGAACCUCUUCACCAACCACCGCCAGUCCAUCAGCACUUGA